GCGGCGUGGCGCAGCGCGCAGCGUUGCCGCUUCGACGCCAGGAUGCUGACCCGGGUCUGGGUGUAGCGUAGCGUCGCGACAACACCGCGGUCCUGCGGUCCUGCGGCCAGGCCUAGAGGCAGCGGCCAUCGACACGACGUCCAGGACGUCGACGAAGACCCUGAAGAGGCGCUGACGUCGGCGACGACGUGUAAACCGUGACACUGCCUUCCUCCAGGAUGGCGUCCCCGCGCGGCCAGGGCGGCCAGGGCGACGCGGCCACGCCCAUCUGCAGGUGCCGCGUGCUGUACCUGGGCUCGGCCGUGCCACACGCCAGCAAGGACGGCCUGCAGGGCAUCCAGGGCCCGCUGCGCGAGCUGUACCCCGAGGGCGGCGCGCGCGGCGCCAGGGGCAUCGACUCGUGGCUCAGCGUGUGGAGCAACGGGCUGCUGCUGGAGAACGUGGACGAGAACAGGCAGGAGGUGACACGCUUCUUCCCCAUCUCGUCGCUCCACUACUGCGCCGCCGUGCGCCACGUGCUGGUGCCCGAGAAGGCCAACGGCGAGUCCAACGGCCAAUCCAACAGCAGCCAGCCGCGGUUCCUGCCGCUCGACUCGCCCUUCGCGUCCGCGCCCAGCCCCGUGCACCCGCCCCUCUUCGCCGCCAUCCUGCGCCGCACGACGGGCAUCAAGGUGCUGGAGUGCCAUGCCUUCAUCUGCAAGCGCGAGGCCGCCGCCAACGCCCUGGUGCGCUGCUGCUUCCACGCGUACGCCGACUCGUCCUACGCCAAGCACAUGGACGGCCAGGGCGGCCAGAGCAACGGCAACGGCUCCGUGUACGGCACGCUGAGCCGCCACAUGUCCAGCCACAGCCCCAUGGGCAGCCCCAUGGGCCCCAUGGGCAGCAACAGCAUCGAGAAGGUGGAGGGCUGGCGGCAGGCGCACGGCUCGUCGCUCAGCCUCAGCAACGGCAACCACAACGGGACGCUGGACUCGCGGGCCGACUUCGGCGCCGAGGACGACGUCGACGACCUCUCCGUGUACAACGGCGACGAGAACCACAAGGUGUGGGCGGGUCGCGACGAGGUGGACGCCGUGGACGCGGGCGGCGCCCUGUACGCGACGUUCGGCGCCACCAUCACGAGGUCCUCGAGGGCUGGCCGGCCCCGCCAGAUCCAGGCCCCUGUACAGCCGCCGCCGCCUCCCCCGCCGCCGCCCCCCAAGGAGGAGAACGGCAAGAAGAGCAAGACCGCCAAGGAGCGACUGCGGCGCAAGAAGAUGCUGGGCGGCAGCCGCGAGGAGUUGUACCCCGGCAUGACGCCGAGCAUGGCGCCCAGCAUGGCGCCCAGCAUGGCGCGCAGCACCAGUGGCUCGCUGGCUCGAGGGGCCACCAUGCAGAUGAACGGGCACGCGCGGCCGCACAGCUCCAUGUCGGGGCGCGAGCACAUGCAGGCCCUGUACAGCAACGGCACGCUAAUGCGGCCCCACGGCCCUCCACACGGGCCGCCCCAUGGCCCCCCGCACCACGGGCCUCCGCACCCCCACCCCGCUAUGAUGAUGACACUGCCGCCGCCGCCCCCGCACGCCCGCCCCCACCUGGUGGCCAUCCCCACGGGCAAGAAGGCGGGCACCUUCGGCAAGAACAAGGGCAUGCCGCCGCCCAUGGCCAUGCCACCGCCGAUGGGGCCGAUGGGUCCCAUGGGCCCCAUGAGGUAUAUGAUGCCGCCCCCGCCGCCCACCACCAUGGGGCGGCGUAAGCACGGCCCGCCGCCGCCCAUGAUGCACGGACCGCCCAUGGGACCCCCCAUGGGACCGAUGGGGCCGAUGGGUCCUCCCAUGGGGCCGCCGAUGGGACCCAUGGGCAUGGAGGAGCCCAUCUACAUGCCGUCAGCGCGGCCGCUGAGCCCCGUGGCCUCGUACCAGCCCGGCCACUUCCCCCACGAGGCGUACCUCAUGCAGCAGUACGCGCAGGCCGCCACCGCCACGCUGGACGGCCGCGGCAAGAAGAAGAACAAGAAAAACAAGAAGAACGGCGUGCCCGUGGCCAUCCCAGUGCCCAUCCCCAUGCCGGGCGCGCUACCCAUGAUGGCGCCGGGCAUGAUGCCGCCAGGGCCGCCCGGGCCGCCCAUGUCGCCGCCGCCGCCCUCCGUCAACGGCCACCACAACGGCCACAACGGCGUGAACGGCCACAACGGCAUGAACGGGCACGCGCACACCAACGGCAACGGCACCAACGGCACCAACGGCGGCAGCCCCGACAACGGCGACGACUCGUCGCCCGUGGAGGAGUCCCCGUUCAACACGGGCAUCUACCGCAAGAAGGGCCACCUGAACGAGCGCGCCUUCAGCUACUCCAUCAGGCAGGAGCACCGGUCCCGGUCGCACGGCUCGCUUGCCAGCCUGCAGUUCGGGCCUCCCGGGGCUCCCGGCACGCCCGAGCACAAGAAGGAGCGCGAGAUCGUGCAGAUGAUGCGGGGCCUGGACCUCCACGGCGAGGACCUGGAGCGGUCCGAGGUGCCCCCUGCCGUCCUCAGCGCCACCCAGCGGGCGCGCAGGUAGACCAGGGCCGGCAGAGAAACCGUGUACAACUAGUCUCCUGGAUGGGCCGUGCUGUGAUCGUCGCAAACGAAAGCGGGGCCCCAGCGCUGUAAAGAAGUGGUCCAAAAAUUACGAACAAAAAUAAAUUACGAACCAAGUAGAAGUGUGGUCCCUGUACUGGAACUGUGUGACGCCCCGGCCACCGGCCGCCACCAGCACCCGCCAUGUUUGUUUUAUGUUUUACUUUUCUCAAAAGAAAAAUAAAUUGUGACAAUAAUUUUUUUUAAAUGUGUGCCGUCGAGGUGGUGGUGGUCGCGUGGCCAGGGCCUGCGGCCACGGCGGGUCCACUCGAGUUUAUCUAGUGAAAGUAAACAAUUUGUAAUAAUUAUAAUUAAUAAUGAUAGUGAUAAUUUAGUAAUGAAUUUCGUGGAGAGGAUGCAUGUGAAGUUUUUGCAAGUAGAAAGUGUUGUUGCCUGGGCACGAUGACGGAGCGCUAUCUUGUGGAUGGCCAUCCCUGUCUGUUUUGCGCUCCAUGCAGACGGAUGUUUCGUACGGUGGCCUUGCCCGACGUUGCGCUUUCGUUUAGCAAUUUUACGAAAAACGCCGCCCUUGUGCUUUCCUGGCGGGAUGCCCCGAAAGAACUUUGUUUGAAUCAAAAUUUUUGAUAUGUAUUGUAUUAAUUCAAGGAUGUACCACUCGGGCGUAAUCAUUAGUCUCUGUGAGAAAUCCAGCACAAUUUGAAGCCUCUUUAUGUUAAGGUAUAUUUUGGCGGCGUGAUGUCGUUUGUGAAAGUGUAUUAUCUUAUUAGGUAGUUUUUACUCUCGGUUCUCAAGCACACUUGCUUGGAUAAAAUCGAAUAUUAAUACAACGCGAUGCUUGAAUGCCAUACUUUUGUUAUUUAUUGGUAUCAAAGGAGAAGAAAUUAGAUGUCCUGUAAUGGUUAAACGAUGUAAGAUAUCUGUGUAUAUUUAUUGUUCUAUUCUGUAUAUUGGUUUAUCGCAUGACUGUGUUGAAAUAAUGUAAAUAAAAAAGAACGAAUUUUAUUGUGUCAAUAAGAGAUUAUUUGUUUGCUCAAACGUGCCAAGAUUGUUGUUGUAUAGUGACUUAAUAAGAGAAAUAAAGACGUUUAAUAAUUAUAAUUGUACCGAAAAAAUGUUAACAUGUACAGUCAAAUAAACCACGUAUACAAAGUUA